CGAUUCGGCAACAGCGGUACCACUCUCUCUCUCUCUCUCUCUCUCUCCUUCGAUUUCCUUUGCUGUAGAGGGAACAUUCUCUUUCUCUUUCAGUGGGAAUGAAAUCAAUCAAUGAAGAGAGAGAACUUUGAAGAGGAAGAAGAAGUAGAGAGAUGGGAGUUCUUUUCCAUCUUUUGGGUUGAAAUUCGAUUAUCAAGGGCAGCAACUCUUGAUGAAUAACUUUAUCCACGAUUCUAUAUAUAUAUAUAUAUAUAUAUAUAUAUAUAUAUCUGUUGAUCAUCUGCGAAGUAGGGUUUUGUUGGGGUUAAUUGUUCUUGUUUGCCCAUUUCAGAGUCGAUCUAAUUUCUUUUGGCAGGUGCAGAAACUGAAUCAGAACGUCGUCGUAUUACGGAGGCUGCAUUUACACAACCAUAGAGAGAGAGCCAUGUCGUUUAUGAGAGGUGAUUUGCUUACGAGAACGAGAAAGCUCGUGAAGGGUUUAGCAAAGUCCGAGCCUGUUUGGCUCAAAGCUAUGGAACAGGCUCCACCGGUGUCAUUUCCUCGUGCGGAGAACAAAAUUAAGCCAAUUAGUCUUCCUGAGGAUGUUUAUAUAAAGAAGUUCUUUCAGAAGCAUCCGGAUUCUAAGCAUGAAGAUGCUAUCAAGAUUUCCGGAUUUGAUCCCCCUCCAGCCCGUAUGUUUGGUUGGCGAGUGCUGGAGUUAAAGGAGCAGGGAGUGAGUGAGGAGGCGGCUAUGGCUGUUGCUGAUAUGGAGUAUUGGGCUGAGAGAAAAGCCAAAAAGAAGGCAUAUGUUCGGUUGAAGCAAAUUGCACGGCUUCAAGGAAAGAAACCCCCUCCAAAUCCAUAUCCUAGUGCCAUCAAAGAGAUACAGGCUGAAGAGAGGAAGUUUGUUCGUGAUCGUUUCUACGAUCCCAAGAUACUCAAAAUUGUACAGAAGAUGAAAGAAGAGAAGGCAGCUGAGAUACAAGAUAGAAUGAGGGGUGGUUCCUGGUAAAAUGGCUUGCCAUUUUGAACCUAGUGUCAUUUUUGCUCUUUGAACUCAAAUUUCUAGUAAUGGUUUUAGUCAAUUGACCAUUGGAUAUCUUCAACAUGGAUUUUUUUUUGAGGAAAUUUUCAAUGCAAGGCUCAGAUCAGGUGACUAGAAAUGAAGUAUAUGCCAACUAUUCUGAAUAAAUCAUGUUUACUAGUUUUACUGAUUUAGACUCGAGUAUAUUUUUUGUUUUUCUUUUGUACUAAAUUGUGUUUUCAUAUACCCCUCGUUCUUAGGUAAUGUCUAGAAUUAUAUUUGAAAUAGUAUCUUGGUCUAAUGAUAAAUUGGAGACAUUGUGGAGCAGAGAAAGGGUUAAACCCCAUCACAUCAUUUAUCAAGCGGAAGAUUGUACUUUUUUGGAAAUGCUUUUGAAGUUUGGCAGGUAACUUUGAUGUUGCAAAGCUGCCCGAUACUACAUAGUAGUAUCGUCGGAGAACAGUUGGGUGAUUUUUUCCCCAGCUACAGAGACUUUUUGACAACUGCUUCCUUCUGAAAUGGAACCCUGGAGUCAAGAUACAGCAUUGUAUCUUCGUUGUGUGGAAAGAAUGUCUGUUCGAAAAAAAAGCAGAAAGAAAGAUCCGAUCACCCCAUCUACUGUGAUCGAUAAAAGCUGCUCCCAAGCAAUUUGACAGUUUAAUUUCUGCGUUGGUGGAUUCUCUGAAUGCUUACUCGAAGGAUGAGAAACCUUGUGACUUCUUACCAAUUAGAUUGUUCAACGUUUUAAAGACAUGCUAGUAAGAAUUAUGCAUGUUCUGUUUCAUAUGAAUCAUUUUUCGGGUCAAAUCU